CAUCAAUCAUUUAAUUGUCACUCAAAUGUAAAACCACUUAAGAAGGUUUUCCGGUGGUUUUUCUAUUUUCUCUUUGAUCUAUUUUACUUAAAGCACAUCUUUCAAGCAACCAUGUCUUCAGAUAACGCAGCUGAUCCAGAUGAAGAUUCCUCACAACCCACUUCUGAAAAUCUGGACACAGAUGAAGUGACGUCCGUCAACGAUCCUCAAUCUGGGCCUUCCAGUAGCGAAACAUCUGGAACGUUAUAUGACCCAACAUUUUCAGAUAGCACGGAGUCUGAGAAAGUGACUAUCAGUACCCUUCGUCUAGAAAGAGUUACGCCAUUUUCCGACCUCAAUGACAUCGAGUUCCUGGAAAUGAUGUACGAGGAAGAAGAAAAAGCUAGACAUUUGAAUAUAGAAAACGAAAUUUUCACGCUUUUCCUCAAGGAAAACGAUCCGUUCGCUGUGGCUGAACUUGAACACUUAUUUUUGGCAGCUCUCACCCUCAAGUCUGCGAUGUCUCAGAGAUCAGCAAUUUUUUUCACGCGAUGACAAAUUCCUCAUACUCAGUCUAACACCCAUCGAACCCAAUAAGACAGACGGGGCACGGCGCAUCUUUAUCGUUUGUCGACGUUAAUAUUGUCAUACGAGCUCACAGCAAAACAAAGUAGUGGAAGUUCGGUGUUUGGGAGCUCUGCAUAUAUUGCUGCCGGUAAAAGCAGAUCUGAAAAUGCGUCUAGCGCUAGCAUACUACAAAUGAUGUCUUCAAGAGGACCCAAGAUUAAUCUGUCUACCAAAACCGAAAUGGUUGUCAGGGCUUUUGAAGAUAAACAGUCCGCCAUGGCAACGUUCAAGAAGAAAGCCCACGCGACCCGGCGAAGACUCAAAUGUGAAUUAGAGGAAUUCAAUCAACGCGAAGAUGACAUCACUGAUUCAAUGGCGGCGUUCGAGUACAACAUUGUCACUCAAGGUGUCGACCCGUUGACUCAGAGGAUUCCUGCUGAGAAGUUUCUCAACUAUAUGUACGCUUGGCUGAAGAACUCUAUGCAGAACAUCGAGAAAAUGAGAUUGAGAACGUCUUCGAUGAGACUCCAACACAGUAAAACGAAAUCCUUGCUGGCUCAACGCAAGGAGUUAAGCUUGAACGUCACAGCGGUGGACUUUGACAGGCUCGAGAUCGAAAAUAAGCAUUUCCAGAAGAAGAUCGAGCAGAAAAACGAACACCUGUUCCAGCUGAAGAAAAUGACCGCCGGUAUCAAUCUGGUGAUCACUCAGCACAGGAAGUACAUGCAAGGCCAGACUGAUUACUUCACCAAAAUCAGGAACGAUGUCAAGAAGAUCAACAAACGUACAGACGAAAUCAACUGGGAGGCUGACCAUGUACAAAACGAACUAGACAAGGCUGAAGAGACAUACGAUUAUUUUCUAGGAUUACAGAAGUCUUACAAGGUGCCAGAUGUGAUGGAGUACGUUAAGCUGAAAGGCGAACUACGUGAAGUUCAAAAGUCUAUCAAGAUCUGGAAAAGGAAGAAAUACAUUCAGGAUCUGGCGAUGGACGCAGCCCUCAGAGAAAUGAAACACUUGACUGGCUCGAAACGCGUGGACAAGAACUGGCUGAGAGAUCCAGAGGAAGUACUUGGGUACAACAUCAACACUCAAAACUCUGUACCCGAUUUGACUACGCUCUGUCUAAAUCCAGAAAAAUAUGAUAAACAUAGUUAAUA